GAAAGUCCAGUCAUUUAGUGUACCGGAGAGCGACAGCCAUGGUAACUUGUGUAGCAUGCAGGAAAACGAUUCGACCGAGACAGGAGGCAUUGCAAUGCGAAUGCGAUCAGUGGCAGCACCGUACUUGUCAGACAGGGAUCACUAGGGAUCUCUACAGACGAAUGGCCCAGGGGGAGGCUGAUCAAGAAUUGGGAGCCUGGAAAUGCAUCCAGUGCUCUCAGCCCUCCAGGGAAGAAGCCCCUUCCAUGGACAUGGAUGUGCCACCUGCAGCCGAAAGCACGCGUCUGAGUUUGGAGACUGACGAAAGCGCGCAGCCCAGCCUGGAGCGUGAAGAGCUUGACGAACCCGAGCCCGAGCUUGACGAACCCGAGCCCGAGCUUGACGAACCCGACGAGCUUGACGAACCCGACGAAGACGAGUGUAUGUCAGACUUUAGCCACGAGACCGUGUCAGAUGUCGAGGACAUACAUGAACUAUCUCAGCAGCAUCCGGACGACGAGACAUUUGUAGAAGAUCCACAGGUCACAUACGACACGCCGGUUACAACCUUCAUCAUAGUUCCCGGAGCGUCACAAAGGGGCAAGGGCAAGCUAAUCAGCAGUGAUAGCUACAGCUACGACUGUUUUUUACCGAUUACUAGACUAGUACUAGUACUUUGGUUGAAAUAGUAUGCAAGCCUUUGUUUGUUGACUAAGGAGUAGCGCCAGUUCUAUUCGUUAUACGUUCCUUACACCUGUGGAAAAAGAAAGAAAAGUGCAGUUGGAUAAGUUGAAUGAACUUCUUAUUAAAGUUCGAUGAUAUUUGUUAGAAAAUUGA